AUGUCUGCUGCCACAGACUUGGAGGUCACCUUGGAUGCGGCUGGUGCAAUUUGCUUUGGUACCUAUUUUCGAGGCUAAUGGUUUUAUGGUGCCUGGCAACGGUGCAGGCCAGGCAAUCUAUUGUAUAUCAAGAACUUUUUCCUAUGGGGAUUGCUCCUCACCUUUGGGGAUCUUAGCAGGCUAGGAAGCAUGUCCUUUUUUGAUCAGAUAACGAGGCCGUAGUUGCUAUUCUAACAACCAGGACCUCGAAGGGUCCAGCUUUAAUGCACCUUCUCCAUGAUCUUCUGCUCUCGACGGCAUGUUGGGGUUCUACUUUCAACACUGCUCACGUUCCUGGAGUUGAGAACAAAAUAGCUGAUGCUAUCUCUCGUUUCUGUUGGCAGGAGUUCAGGCAGCUGGCUCCGGACGCUCAUUCUUCCCCUUGUUCCAUUCCUCAGCUCCUGUUGGACAGCUUAACACCUCCUCCCUAGAGCAAUGGCGCUUGCAUUUCUUAGCCCAGGGUUUGGCUCCUUCCACCCGCAAAGCAUAUGCGUCAGGUAUCAACGCAAGUUUGUCAAAUUUUGCCAUCAAACCGGAAAGCUCCACCCCAAUGGCCCGCCUUGCCCUGCAGAUUAGUGGACACUAUGUUUGUUUGUUUCAUUUCUUGCAGAUUCAAUUCAGCAUUCGUCAAUUAAAGUAUAUUUAUCUGCAGUUUGCUCCUUGCAAAUAGGGCAAGGUUUUCCUGACCUUUUGCUUAAUUAACUGCGGCUUCAACGAGUGUUAAUAGGGGUCGAGCGUUCCCCAGGUUCCCCAGCAGCUCAGCACCUUCCAAUACUGACAGCCUGCUUUUGGUUAUUCAUCGGGCGUUGGAAUGGCCCUCAAUAUUUUUUAUCAUUGCACAUUCUUGGCAGCUUGCAUGCUAGGUUAUUUUGGUUUUCUCCACGCUGCAGAAUUUACAAUCCCCAAUUUAGCUAGCUUUUGGUGGAAGACAUCGCAGUGGAUUCACUCCAAUCGUCAGCCUGUCUCCGUGUUCAAAUAAAAGCUUCAAAAACAGAUCCGUUCUGUCAGGGUUGCUACAUCCAUAUUGGUCUGGGACGGGCACCUCUCUGCGCAUUGCUGGCUUACCUCUCCUUGCGAGGAAAUGUCCCUGGCCCCUUGUUCCCACUCACGCAUGGUCAACCUCUGUCUUGCUCAAUCCUGACUGAUUGGCUGCGGCAAUUUUUCCCCACUGCGGGGAUUGAAGUCAAUUUUUCAAGUCACAGCUUCCGCAUUGGGGCAGCCAUGGUAGCAGCUCACAAUGGUAUUCCUCACCAGCUAAUUCAGGCUCUUGGACGCUGGACUGGCAAUGCAUACCAGCUUUAUAUCCAGACACCUUCUGAAGCUCUUGCAGGCAUCUCUAGUCAGCUGGCUUGACAUCCUGUGUCAUUGAGUUUGCGGGUCCCAUUUGUUAUCUACAGUGCCUUUGACAUUGCAGCCGGGUUGAGUACUGAAUUGACCUGGGCGUGCACUGCUGAUAAUGGUGUCGCUCUCACUGUCAGCUGCAUUCCUUUGGUAAGCGUAUUGUCUUGUGUUUUGAUGCAACUGUUGCAGCUUGGUGCUUGGAGUUGUUGGAGUUGGAGGUUCCAUUUCACCCCUGUUGGCUGGCUCCUCCCUUUUCAAGCACCAAGGAGAUUCCAUUUGGGUGGGGGCCGCUCACAGAGUUGCCAUGGAUACCUCCUACUCUUGUAAGAGCAGUUACCUGGCUCCACCAACUUUGUAG